AUGCAUUCUCUCCGUGCUUUAUGGACAAAAACCUCGGGUGACGGCUGGCGGCGCAUCGCUCUCGUCAACACUAUCGCCGUCGCCCUGUUUACCCUCUUCGUCGUCAUCCUGCUGGCAUUGAGUACUUCGCAAUCCCGCGGCGGCCUGGACUCCAACCUCAUCUUUUUCAACGGCGACUGUGCCCGGAGCGCGACUCUGAACCUAUGGCUGCACUUGCUGCUGAACGCAUGCUCGACCGGCGUGAUUGCCUCGUCCAACUUCUUUAUGCAAGUGUUGAGCUCGCCGACUAGAUCUGAAGUGGACGAAGCCCAUCGGAAGGAAAGCAAGCUUGCGAUUGGCGUGCCAUCUCUAUCAAAUCUCUUCCAUGUCGCCCGGUUCAAAGGUGUAUGCUGGCUGCUCUUCUUCGCCAGCUCAUUCCCCAUCCACCUCUUCUUCAAUAGUGCCAUCUUCGCAACCAAGUACAAGGGCGCGGGCUUUCACUUAUCUAUCGCCGCGGACGCGUUUAUUGAUGGCGCCCAAUAUUCUGGGCCUGGGGCCGUGUUGUGGCAUGCUGGAGCCCCUGACGCUGGGCCUGCAACUUCACCCGAGGGUACUGGAUAUGGGUCUGUCGUCAAUGUGACUCAGUAUUUCGACCAGGGCGACGAAGUAGCGAAGAAUAUCGAGUUCGCAGCGCGGUCUUCCCGCCGAUGGAAACGCCUUGACGUCCCUGAGUGUCUGUCGCAAUACAUGCACUGCAAUUCACACGACAAAAUGCGCGAUGUCGUCUGGGUCGUCAAGUCGCACAACUCAUCAGGCAACUUCAUGAAUCCUAGCAAUAGUAGCCUGGGCUGGCGAAGCACUGACGUCCUCCACGAAAUGGGCCUUGUGAAUGCUGCAUUCUGGAACGAUCUCGGCCCUAGAAAUGCGAAUAACUCACUCUGGUUUGCCGCAAAUUGCAGCACGUCUGUCUUCUUCAAAAAGGAUACCCAAACGAUCGAAGGCUGUUAUCAGAGCUGUAGCAGUGCCACGGGCAACAGCGCGGCCAAACUCGACUCCAGGCUUGCAGAGUCCAUACCCUCAAGCUACACUUUCAACUUCCUCCCCGGCCUUGACGGCUAUACGGAAGAGGAACUGUCGCAGAUGUAUUGGCCUGGGCUUAUCGACCAAAGCGCAGCAACCCUGGACCUUGAAUACUGCCUGGCUGAAGAGGUUUCCACAACCUGCAAAGUGGGACUGUCUAACAAGAUCCUGCUGGCUGUCCUCGUAUGCCUACUCGUCAAGGCCGCCCUAUGCGUCGCUGUCCUGUUCACCAUGCCAGAUAAAGACCCGUUAGUCGUGCCAGGUGAUGCAGUCGCUUCAUUCAUCCGCUCUGCCGACAAGUUCACUGCUGGGUGGUGUACCCUGGAUAGAAAGCGAGAGAGUAAGAGAUCUGUAGCUAGAACCUGCGCCGCAGGAAAAACCACGCCGGUGCAAUGGCACGCUGCACCCUCCAGGCGUUGGGCGUCAGCAAUUCCCCCUCUGGUUUGGCUUAGGAGCUACGGUCUUUUUAUUACGGACAUCAUUUUCGUCGGUAUAAUGUUUGGCGUGGCUCAGAAAUCGAGCCCCCUAGGUAGUAGAGAUCAAACAUUCUCCGCGAGUGCAACAAACGGCCUCCUCAGCACCAAAGGCUACGCACCCGAGGAGCUCUUAUCCUGCGUCGUCACUGCUAACCUGCCGCAACUUCUCCUCUCCCUCUCGUACUUUGUCUACAACUCGCUGUUCACGCGUCUCUGCACUGAAAAGGAAUGGAAUUCCUACGCGGUAGAGUACCGUCCGCUUCGAGUCACACGGCCGCGGGGCCAGCAGCGCUCAACAUACAGACUCCAGCUUCCGUACCGAUACAGCAUCCCAUUGAUAGUCGUCAGCGUUCUGCUGCACUGGCUAGUCUCGAAUUCACUAUACGUCUUUGUGCUCGAAGGAGGAUACUACUGGCUCGAAGGCACCGUGCAAGACAGCAGCGCAGAAACCGGUCUCAGCGACGACGCCUACAUUGGAAUCGGAUACUCGACCAUUGCCCUACUGUCCAUAUUCGUGGCAGCUGCGUUUCUGGCAUUUAUCCCUCUUGUCUUGACUGCAAUGUCGUUCAAGAGCCCAAUGCCCCUAGGAGCGAGCAAUUCGCUGGUCAUCUCUGCUGCCUGCCAUGUUCCUGUCCUGGAAGACACACAGUCAAGCUCAGACUCAACUGCGGAAUCGCAGUUUGUUCCAGUGUCAAGCGCGGAGGACAAUAACGAUCAAUCUGCAAGCAACAACGGACCUGGACCUGAGCAGGGUCCCCAGGAAGGUCCAGGGUCAGAGAUACUCGAGAUGCAAAGAUUACUGACGCCAGAUGGCCGUGCAUCAAGCAAUGGCCGUACCGAGACCUUGACCUUGGACAAGGACCGAUAUUUGCUUGAAGCAUCGCAGAAACCUCUUCGGUGGGGUGCAGUCAAGACACCGGUUUCUUGCAAUCACCACUUGAGCUUUGGUACGAGGGAUCAUGGCGUCGAGGAGCCGGUGGAGGGCCAAUUGUACCAGUAG